AAGCGCAGCCCUGAUACAGAUACCAAGAUGGCGAUUUUUGUCAACAACUUUCGACUUCCCAAAGGUUUUAAACAGUUGUAGGUCACCCCUGCCAAAGUAGAAGAAGAUGCUACGUAGUUAUGGAAGGAAAAUGAAAUUAACCAGAUUGCUGAAGCCAUUUAAAAAGGUCAAUUUGACUAAUCUGUUUUCAAUGCGAAUAAAUGAGGGCGUAAAUACACGUAGUUUAACGACUUACUAUGAUACGAAGGAUAUAUCUUUAGAGAAAGAAAUUCGUACCAAUAUGUUGGUACAAGAAGAUUUCCUCAGUGAAGAUGAAGAAAUGUCACUUUUUAAUGAAGUUGACCCAUAUAUGAGGAGGCUUAGAUAUGAAUAUGACCACUGGGACAAUGCAAUCCAUGGAUUUAGAGAAACAGAAAGAAGAACAUGGAAUGAAGAAAACCAGAAAAUUUUGAAUAGAGUUAAAGAAAUUGCUUUCCCACCAGAAGUUCCAAAGUUAGCUUAUGUACAUAUUUUAGACCUAGAAAAGAAAGGAUAUAUCAAACCACAUAUUGAUGCAGUAAGGUUUUGUGGUAAUACCAUUGCUGGAUUAAGUUUAUUGUCUUCAUCUGUGAUGAGAUUGGUGCAUGAUAAAGAUAAAAAUAAAUAUGCAGAUAUAUUACUGAAAAGAAGGUCACUAUACAUAAUGAAAGAUGCAAUAAGAUAUGAGUACUCCCAUGAAGUUCUUCCUGAAGCAGAAUCUAAAUUUAAAGGACAAAUUAUACCAAAAGACAGAAGAAUAUCAAUAAUAUUACGAAAUGAACCAAAUGAGGAGGACACAAAAUAAAUCAAUAUUUUAUUUGACCAAUGAGAUUUGUGAUCAGGAUUGUACGUGAAUGCUUUCUAUGUUAUUGUUAAAGUAUAUCUGUACAAGCAUUUCUAUACUUAAUAUUCCAAACAAGGGGAUAAUCUUACACCCUGAAUGGUACAGGCUAGUAUUAAUAGUAAAUAGGAGAAAAAAAGUCUCUGCAGGCAAGUCUGAAAAUAGCAAGAAAUGUAUAGGCAGAUAUUUCUGUGAUAUGGAGAUAUUACAACACAUAGAAAAUGAAAGUAACCAACUUAGAGAUUGAUUGAUUGUUGCUUUAUGUCCAGUGUCAAAUAUUUCAUGCAUGUUCAGGACGAACCAACUUAGAGAUGCUGAGUUUUGAAGAUACAUACACACAGGCAGCUUUUACUGGCUUCGUUUACAAAAUGAAGUUAUUACAUUGGUAAUGUUACUGUAUCAUCAUGAAAAAGUGCAUUUUGUGAAUUUUUGUACAUGUAUUGGAAAAAGGGAGCUAAGGAUAAAGAGAAUAUUGACUGAGGUUCAGAUAACAAUGAUAUGCUAAAAGAUUGGAACUCGCAGAGCAUACGUUAAGUGCAGGAUAAAUAACUGCUUAUAUUUUGCCAAAUUAUCUUGUCAAUCUCCCCUGUUUGGCAUGGGGGACUUCAGUUAAUUAUUCAUAUGAGAAAAUAUAUACACUAUUUUAUUUUUUUUAUCAUACAUUGUCAUACAGCAUAUAUGGGGAAAGUGAUCAACAUAUAGUAAAUGCAUGAGUGAUAGUCCCAGACAUGUAUGUUUGUUCAGAUCUAGAUACUAGUAAUGAAUAAACUGCUUACUCUUGGGAUAUUUUUAUCUGCAGUUAACUGAUUGAAAUGGUUGCUACAUUGUACUGUACAAUAGUAUAUCCAUGCAAAAUUAUCAUCUAUAUUUACUUUAUCUGUUCAAUACUUUUUAAAAAAAAGUCUAUUAAUCUGUGACAAUGCUCUUAGCAAAUAGACAGAAAUGUAAUAGUGACUUAUUAUAUUAUUAAAUUUGACAUUCUGAAUAUGGUAGGGUGAGUUGUUUGUUUUAAUGUUUAACUUACAUUUGGAGGUAUGAAUAAGUGUUUUGUAUAUAAGUAACCAUAUAAAUGUUUUGACAGAAUACGUUUGUGUCAGAAGUAAACAUGAUCUGAUCUUAUCUUUACAUCAUGUUAGGGAUAUAAUCCUUCUUUUUACAAUCAAUUUAUAAUGAUGUAAGUCCAGUGGCAAAUAUUACAUGCAUAUUCAGUAAGGUAAAGUGUUAAUGUGAUAUGAGAACACUCUGCUAGAUAGACAUUCAGAAACAGAUUUUUUUUAAUAUGUUUGAUCACAAGGAAACAUGUGUCUUCCACACUUUUAUAAGAGAGAAGAGUAUUAGAUUUCCAGUCAUUAUCAUAUUGAUAAUGUAAAUUGUUUAAUUGCAGAUCUUAUGAUUGUUUGCAUACUAUUUCCUUCUCUUGUAGAUGAUUGUUUGGUUACAAUUUUGUUUGUUAUGAUAAUUUUUACUUCGUAAUAGAUUGUAAAUGCGACCAUGCUAUUAAAAUGUAUCUGAUCAGUAAAUAGAAAUGUGUGUUUUUUCAGUGACAUUAAACCAAUGAAAAACUUAUUA